GGCAGUGGCGGUGUAAGCAGACGAAAGCAGAGGAGGAGGAGGAAGGAGGUAGUAGUGAGAACUCGACGCUACGGACGCCACGGAGCUGGAGUACAUUUCUUACACAGUAAUGGGGAAACAAAAUAUAUCUUGAAAAGACAAACGGGCAACCUGUGGGGUAUUUUUAAAUAAUACACACAGGGAGAGUAAACUGUAUAAAGGAAAUAUUUAUGUUUUGGAUGGUUUUGCCUGGAGUAGCUUGCUAAGUUAGCUAGACUAGCUAGUCUAGCUGAUGUUAGCGAAGAAAUUGCUCAAGGAUGCUACGGUGGAUACGACAACAGCUGGGCUUUGACCCACCUCAUCAGAGUGAAACCAGAACAGUUUACAUAGCAAACCGGUUCCCCCAACAUGGUCAUUAUGUCCCCCAGAAGUUUGCAGAUAACAGAAUCAUAUCUUCCAAGUACACCAUCUGGAAUUUUGUUCCCAAGAAUUUGUUUGAGCAGUUCCGAAGAAUAGCCAAUUUUUAUUUCCUUAUAAUAUUUCUCGUCCAGCUCAUGAUAGAUACCCCUACCUCUCCUGUGACCAGUGGACUUCCUUUGUUCUUUGUCAUCACAGUGACGGCUAUAAAGCAGGGCUAUGAGGACUGGCUGCGUCACAAGGCCGACAAUGAGGUUAACGGGGCGCCCGUGUUCGUGGUGCGCAGCGGCAGCCUGGUGCAGACCAGGUCGAAGAACAUCAGGGUUGGGGACAUCGUGAGAGUAGCCAAAGAUGAGACAUUCCCAGCAGAUUUAGUCCUUUUAUCAUCUGACAGAGCAGAAGGGACAUGCCACAUCACUACUGCCAGUCUGGAUGGAGAGACUAACCUGAAGACCCACUAUGCGGUACCGGAGACGGCCGUGUCACAGUCCGUGUCGAGGCUCGAGGCUCUGCAGGCCGUGGUGGAGUGCCAGCAGCCGGAGGCAGAUCUGUACAGGUUUGUUGGGCGAAUAACAGUGACACAACAAGGGGAAGAAAUUGUAAGACCCCUGGGGCCAGAAAACCUCCUCCUCCGUGGAGCAAGACUGAAAAACACCAAAGAAAUUUUUGGUGUGGCAGUGUACACAGGAAUGGAGUCAAAGAUGGCCUUGAAUUACAAGUGCAAAUCCCAGAAGCGCUCCGCAGUAGAGAAAUCCAUGAACACAUUUCUGAUCAUCUACCUGGGCAUCCUGCUGUUCGAGGCAAUCCUCAGCACCAUCCUCAAGUAUGCCUGGCAGGCAGAGAACAAGUGGGAUGAGCCCUUCUACAACCAGAAGACAGAGCAGGAGAGGAACAGCAGUCAGAUUUUGAAGUUCAUCUCUGAUUUUCUGGCCUUCCUGGUCCUGUACAACUUCAUCAUCCCCAUUUCGCUCUAUGUAACCGUGGAGAUGCAGAAGUUCCUUGGGUCUUUCUUCAUUGGCUGGGAUCUGGAUCUAUACCAUGAAGAAAGUGAUCAGAAGGCCCAGGUCAACACAUCAGACCUCAACGAGGAGCUAGGGCAGGUGGAGUAUGUGUUUACCGACAAAACUGGCACCCUCACAGAAAACGAAAUGCAGUUCCGAGAAUGCUCCAUCAAUGGCAUCAAAUACCAGGAGAUCAACGGCAAGCUGGUCCCAGAGGGAAUGACCGACGAUUUCCCCGACGGCUCUGUGCCUCAUCUGAGCGGAGAGGAGGAGCUGUUCCUGAAAGCCGUCUCGCUGUGCCACACAGUCCAGAUCAGCUAUGAUCAAACAGACGGCUUCGGGGACACUUUCCCACGCGUCAACGGCAUCUCGUCCCAGAUGGAGUACUAUGCCUCCUCACCGGACGAAAAAGCUUUAGUGGAGGCUACAAAAAGGAUGGGAGUAACCUUCAUAGGGAGCAAUGGAGAAAACAUGGAAAUUAAAACAUUUGGAAGAUCAGAGAAGUAUAAACUGCUGCAUGUUUUAGAAUUUGACGCAAACAGAAGAAGAAUGAGUGUUAUAUUACAGACCCCCUCAGGGGACAAGAUGCUGUUCACCAAAGGAGCAGAAUCGUCCGUUCUUCCUUACACCAAGAGUGGGGAAAUAGACAAAACGCGUGUUCACGUGGACGAGUUUGCGCUGAAAGGCCUGCGGACCCUAGUGGUGGCCUGCAGACGCUUUAGUGCCGAGGAGUACGAGGAGGUGGACAGGCGCCUCCACGAGGCCAGGACGGCCCUGCAGCAGCGUGAGGAGAGGCUGGCCGAGGCCUUCGCCUUCAUCGAGAGGGACCUGCAGCUGCUGGGAGCCACUGGGGUGGAAGACAAGCUGCAAGAGAAGGUCCAGGAGACUAUUGAAGCCCUGCGCCUAGCUGGGAUCAAGGUGUGGGUGCUGACGGGGGACAAGGUGGAGACGGCGGUCAGCGUCAGCCUUUCCUGCGGCCACUUCCACCGGACCAUGAACAUCCUGGAGCUGGUGCAGCAGAAGACGGACAGCGAGUGCGCCGAGCAGCUCAGGAGGCUGGCUAGGAGGAUCAAAGAGGACCAUGUGAUCCAGCACGGCCUGGUGGUGGACGGGACCAGCCUGUCGCUGGCUCUCCGGGAGCACGAGAAGCUCUUUAUGGAGGUGUGCCGGAGCUGUUCAGCUGUGCUCUGCUGCCGCAUGGCUCCGCUGCAGAAAGCCAAGGUGGUACGAUUGUUGAAGACCUCUCCAGAGAAGCCUAUCACGUUAGCGAUUGGAGACGGCGCUAACGAUGUUAGCAUGAUUCAGGAGGCCCACGUUGGUAUAGGUAUCAUGGGCAAAGAAGGACGUCAAGCUGUAAGAAACAGUGACUAUGCAAUUGCAAGGUUUAAAUUCCUUGCAAAAUUACUGUUGGUCCAUGGCCACUUCUACUAUAUUAGAAUAGCAACCCUUGUACAGUACUUUUUCUACAAGAAUGUGUGUUUUAUCACACCCCAGUUUUUAUACCAGUUCUUCUGUCUGUUUUCACAACAAACGCUGUAUGACAGUGUGUAUCUUACACUGUACAAUAUCUGCUUCACGUCCCUGCCCAUCCUGGUGUACAGCCUGUUUGAACAGCUGGUUCAUCCACAUGUGCUGCAGAGCAAACCUGCGCUUUACAGAGACAUCAGUAAGAACUCCCUCCUCUCCUUUAAAACAUUUCUGUACUGGACGCUGCUCGGGUUCUGCCACGCCUUUGUCUUCUUCUUCGGCUCCUACAUCCUGAUGGGAGAAGACACCUCGCUAAUGGGCAACGGGCAGAUUUUGAAAGCUAACAGACAGCUGAUGUUUGGAAACUGGACAUUUGGCACUUUGGUAUUCACUGUAAUGGUCAUUACAGUUACACUGAAGUUGGCCUUGGAGACUCACUUCUGGACAUGGAUGAAUCAUUUUGUCACAUGGGGCUCCAUCGCCUUCUAUUUCAUCUUCUCCCUGUUUUAUGGGGGAAUCAUCUGGCCCUUCCUCCACACACAGGACAUGUACUUCGUCUUUGUCCAGCUGCUGUCCAGCGGCUCGGCCUGGUUCGCCAUCAUCAUCAUCGUCCUCACCUGCCUGUUCCCUGAUGUCAUCAAGAAGGUCCUCUACAGGCACCUCCAGCCUACCAGCACUCAGAAGUCCCAGAUGUACUCCAACAGAGUCGCUAUAGGUGAUGACUUCAUCGCUCUGCAGCCCUUGUCCAGAGCCAAGAAUCAGCUGGGCAAAAUUAGAUGGAAGAGGAUAAGAUUUCAGUCAGCUCAGAAUAUGACUCUGCUGAAAGCAGGAGCAGAAGGGAGGACAAUUGGCAACUGCUAGCCGCCUCUCCCUGCCCGUGGGGCAGGCCUGUCCAUUCCUAGGUAGUGCUCCCCAGCCCGGGCUUGUGCGUGUGUCUGCCCGCAGGCCACCAUCACCCACCCAUCCCCCAUGUAGCCACUGUGCGAGGUAGAGCAGACACGGGAAGAGACUGUAGACAGGGACCAAGGGCAGCCAUUGGGAAAUGCUGGCAUGUUUGUUCCUGUGUCCUCAAUGUUGUGAACCCUGUGCUCUUGUCCAUUGUAUAGCGAUGUGCCGUAUGUCAACCCCUCUGGUGUCAUGUUGUUCAUUUUUAUUAAACCUGUCUCGAGAUGUUUUAUGAGCGAGCCUCAUCGUUUUCGGCCUUCAUCCACCAAAAAUGAUGUGUUGGUUUGUCUGGGUUCAUUUUGAAAUCUGUAGAAAUGUCCAACAGUCCAUCUUUAGAAAGAAAAUGAGGAAAAUCCGCCAAAAUGCAUUAUUUUCUGUUUACACAUGAUUUGAUUUGUGGGAGGUACAGAAAUCUCAAAAAAUCUCGAAAAGCGAAACGCUGUUUUUAAAUAAAUCUGGAAACUUUGUGUUAAAAAUCCUUUUUUUGAACCGAAAACAAUGGGGCUUGAGUAUAAGCGAUUACUUAGACUGCAUGCAUGUUUAAUAUUCUUUUCCAUCAAGAAGAUAUAGAGCAUUUGACGGAAGCUUGGCCCAAGGACUGGCUUCACCA